AUGCCGCGCACAACGGAGACCGCGAGCUUCAAGUUCAACCACACCAUGUUGCGGGUGAGGGAUCCCGAGGUAUCCAUCAAAUUCUACACCGAGAUCCUCGGGAUGGACCUCAUAGAUAAGAAAGUCAACGACUCGUUCACACUUUACUUCCUCGUCUUCGAGCACGGAAGCGAGGUCACGACCGCGGAGAAUCGCUUUGGGCGCGAGGGUGUCCUUGAGCUCACGCACAACCACGGGACCGAAUCCGACCCUAAUUUUGCCGGCUACGCGUCAGGGAACUCAGAACCCGGCCGCGGGUUCGGCCACAUUGCACUCACUGUUGACGACGUCGACAAGGCCUGCGAGCGUUUCGAGAGACUUGGUGUGAAGUUUCAGAAGCGGCCGUCCGACGGCAGGAUGAAGAACAUUGCAUUCAUUCUCGAUCCCGACGGCUACUGGGUUGAGAUUGUCAAGGGCUACUUCCCGUGA